AUGGCCGCUCCUACCAAUAACAUGGCUCGCGGGUACGCCGUCACCGACCCCAAGAAUUACCUCGACUUCCAAGUUAAGGAGUACGAGCUCGAGCCGCUCGCCGACGACCGCAUCACUGUCGCUGUCGAGUGCUGUGGUGUUUGCGGGUCUGACCACCACACCAUCUCGGGCGGGUGGGGGCCUUGGGAGACCAAGUUUGUCGUUACGGGUCACGAGGUCGUCGGCAAGGUCGUCGAGAUCGGCAAGGACGUUACCUCGGUCAAAGUUGGCGACAGGGUUGGUGUUGGCGCGCAGGUCGGGUCAUGUGGCGACUGCAAGUGGUGCAAGAACGACAACGAGAACUACUGCCCUACCCCCGUCCACGGGUACAACACGCUUUGGCCCGGCGGCGCCGAGCACCAGGGCGGAUACAGCACCCACAUCCGCGCGCAGGAGCUCUUCGUCUUCCCGAUCCCCGACGCUGUCCCCUCGGUCGAGGCGGCUUCGAUGCUCUGUGGUGGCCUGACCGUCUUCUCUCCUCUCGUCCGUAACGGCGUGAAGAAGGGGUCCAAGGUCGGUGUCGUCGGCCUCGGAGGUCUGGGACACUACGCCGUUCUCUUCGGCGUCGCCCUCGGUGCAGAAGUGACCGUCUUCUCCCGCUCUGACGCCAAGAAGGCUGACGCGCUCAAGAUGGGUGCCAAGGCCUUUGUGGCCACCGACCCCGGCUUCGAGAAGGGACACUUCCGCGAGUUCGACGUCAUCAUCUGCUGCGCGAGCAGCAGCAGCCUUCCCAUCGACGAGCUGCUCACCUGCCUCGACGUCGGGUGCAAGUUCGUGUUUGUCGGCAUGCCUGAGGAGGGGAUCAAGAACAUCACGUCCCAGAGCAUGGCUGGCAGCGGAGUCGCCCUCGGGUCCAGCCACAUCGGGUGCCGUACCGAGGCGCUCCGUAUGCUCGAGAUCGCGGCGGAGCAGAAGGUCAAGCCCUGGAUCGAGCUUAUGCCUAUGAAGGACGCGGCUAAGGCCAUCCAGGCCGUCGAGGACGGCUCGGUGCGCUACCGCACCAUCUUGACCCAGGACCUCGUUUAA